AUGGCAGCCACUACAACACCUCCAACUCCAGCACAAAAUGCAGCAGCUGCACCACCACCCCCUGCUCAACCUAGGGUUGUCAGGCCUGAUGUUGGGUCUAGAUCCCAAAUUCCUGCAUCUCCAUCCAAUGUUGGGUCAUUGUCUCAAAGUCCAUUACUUAAGCCCACUCUUCAGGCCCAACCUACAGCACCAUUUAGGCCACCAACUGUGACUAGGGAGACCAUGGCAGCAGCAAGCCCAGCCACACAGAGCAGGUUCACAGGCUUCAUACCCACCCUAUCCUUGAAGAAGAAAAAGCCAUCCGGACCACCACCAUCGAAGCCAUCAACAAAUGACAAGAAAUGA